CGGCCCCGCGGCGGCCCGGGGCGGGACGGGCCGGGCCGGGCCGGGCUAGGCCGUGACAGGACGGGCCGGGACAUGGCCCCGCGCGGCCGCCCCGAAGCCGCCGCCAUGCCCAAGCGGGGCGCCCGCAAACGCCUCAAGUUCCGGGCCGACGACGUCUGCUCCGAGCGCGUGACCGUGGCGGAUUAUGCUAACUCAGACCCGGCUGUCGUGAAAUCCGGACGUGUGAAAAAGGCUGUGGCCAACGCGGUUCAGCAGGAAGUAAAAUCCCUCUGUGGCUUGGAAGCUUCUUGCGUUCCUUCUGAGGAAGUUCUCUCUGUAUCUGGAGAGUCUUGUGACAGCAGCGAUGAAAUGGACACGAAGGAAAGCAUCAGCGGACGAGCUGCAUCUAGAAAAAAGAAGAGCAAAAGGCACAAAGAAGACCCCGACAGUGACGGUGGAGAAGAAUACCCCAUUGACAUCUGGCUGCUGUUGGCUUCCUACAUUCGCCCUGAAGACAUUGUCCGGUUCUCUUUGAUUUGCAAGAAAGCCUGGACUGUUACUUGCACUGCCGCCUUUUGGACCAGACUCUACAGAAGGCACUACAGCCUGGACGCGUACCUGCCUCUCCGCUUGCGGCCGGAGUCCAUGGAGAAGCUGCACUGUCUCCGUGCGUGCGUCAUCCGGUCGCUGUACCACAUGUACGAGCCUUUUGCAUCUCGAGUCUCCAGGAAUCCAGCUAUUCCAGACAGUACUCCCAGCACUUUAAAAAAUUCCAGAUGUCUGCUUUUCUGGUGCAAAAAGCUUGAAGGGAACAGACAAGAAGCAAUGUGGGAAUUCAACUUCAAGUUCAAAAAGCAGUCUCCCAGAUUUAAGAGCAAAUGUUGCAAAGGUCUUCAGCCACCUAUUCAGUAUGAAGAAGUCCAUACAAACCCCGACCAGGAUUGCUGUUUACUGCAGAUCACCACCUUUAACUUCAUAUUUGUGCCAAUAGUCAUGGGUAUGACGUUUACCUUGUUCACCAUCAACGUGAGCACAGACAUGAGGCAUCAUCGCGUGCGUCUGGUCUUCCAGGACGCCCCUGUCCGCAACGGCAGGAAACCGCGCCUUGACCAAGGAGUGCAGGUUGUGCUGGACCCUGUGCAUAGCGUGCGGCUCCUGGAUUGGUGGCACCCGCAGUACCCCUUCUCUCCAAAAGCUUAGUGCUCUCCUGCGUCUGCAGCAGCCGGCAGGCGACUGCAUCUGACAGGCUGAAGAAAAUUUCUAGGAACCAGGAAAUCCUAUUUUUUUCUUAAAAUAAAUUCUGCAGCCUCCUUGAAAGUGGUCGAA